AUAGCAACCAACGGAGGAGAAACUCCCCAAGUCGCGCAGAUCCUCUCAAAACCAAACAAAAUGAACACCCAGGCGAACGAGAAUCCCGACAAUGGGACGGCAGUGCCUCUCGAUCUAGGGGUCAAUGAGUGUGGCCCGGCCACACCAAAGAACAUUGCCAAUCCAAAGAACAUUGGCUGGAACCUAAAAGUAACCAGCGCAGAUCCACAAUCCACAGCACCCACUGUUCGGCCUCCUUCAACUGGCGCGAUGCAAGCGGCGUCCACUUUUCUGACCGAGGUGCAAGUGAGCCACAAGCAGAUUACGGAUCGGUUUGUAGAGCUGCUCAAUCUUUUCGAGGACUACUCGAAGAUCAUGAAGGAGAGUGAGCAGGCAACGCAGCCGAAGCUGAUGCGCACACAGUCCGAACAGUUCACAACGACACAUUUCCAGCCGGAGGACAGUGAUUGCAGUGAUCAGGUGAAGACGAGCGUCAGUCUUAACCGCAUGCAGCUGUCCGAGUCCACGCUGCGCUGCACACGACCCAAGUUCUUCUGCGAGAUGGCCAGCCAGACUCAUUGGUCGGAUCCCAUCGAGCAGGAGAAGCUGCUCAAGCCACAAAAAAUAGAGAAGCUCGAGAAAAAGGAGCCGCAGCAGCCGCAUGAGCAACAGCUUCUGCAAACUCAGUCACAUACCCUGCACAUCGAAGUAGAGUCGAUUAACUCGGCGACCGCCCUGCAGCGCGCUCCACUGCGUCAACGUCUGUGGCAAGUGUUGUAUGAAGCGGGUCAAACGCUGAUCGCUUGCUUGGCCAUGAUGGGCGAGAACUUCACCUAUGUGCUCUUCGUCCUGCUCUGCCUCUGGUGUCUGUAUCUGAUCAUCGCCCACUACUACAGCUUCCUCGAGGGCAACAUGGGCCAGCAGACGACUGUGAAGCACCCGCUCAGUCGUAUCCACUCAUAGGCGCUCGCCUUUGCCCCCACUUGACCGAUGAAACGUUCUCUUAAUUAUUU